AUGACUGUUCGUAUCGUGUCAUAUAAUUUGUUAGUGCCUAUUUUUGCUGAUCAACCUGAAAGUUUUACCAAAUCUCAACGUGAAUUUGUCAAAACUGACUAUCGAUGGAACUUGAUUCGAGCUCAAUUAGAACAAGAGAUUAUGCAUCACGAAAAUACAAUCAUCUGUUUACAGGAAUUGUCUCUUUGUAUGUUGCCCAAACUCGAAUUAUUUUUUCAUCAAUUGAAGUAUAGUUUUUUUAAUAAUCUUUAUGGUCCUCGUUACAGUGAUUACAUGGGUGUAGGUAUUGCAAUUCCUGACGCAAUACAACUCCAGUCAAUAUCUUACACUAAAAUUGGACAACAUAUACGUUCGGUCAGUAAACCUCUCAAAAGCCAAACGAAUCUUUUUACAUGGGUAUGGGAUCUCUAUCAAUUUGCUUUAAGUAAAUUUAUAAAACCGAUAUCUGAUCCAUGGGAAACUGCCAUAGCUAGAGACAAUACUCUCAUUUGUUUACAACUUAUAAUCAAUGGGAAACCAUUAUGUGUUGGUACUUAUCACAUGCCUUGUCUGUAUAAAGUGCCAGCUGUCAUGGCGAUACAUUCAUCGAUUGUGAAAGAUUUAAUGUAUCAAUUCGCAGAUGGACAAGAUUUCAUUCUGGCAGAAACAUUUGAACAUAUCAAUGAAUGUGAGCAACGUAUUCGAUCUGUUUCUGCACAAGAUCGAAUUGUUUUAAUUGUUAGUGGUCAAUUAGGUCAACAACUUGUUCCCCGAAUUCAUGAACUUCGACAAAUAGCUUCGAUCUAUGUUUACUGUAUGGACAAACAAAGAAACGAAUUAUGGGCCAAUACAUUUAGCAAGAUAAAAGGUGUUAUUAUUCAUUUAAAUGAACUCAUCACUUCGAUCGAUUCAAAUCAAGUCGAACAAAUCUCAAAUAAAGUCGACGAACCAAUUGUAAUUGACAUUUUUAAUGCAAAGACUAAACAAGAGAAAUCAACAGCUAAACUCAAUGGUCAUUUCGUACAUUCACAAAUACUUAUUGAUUGCCUUUUACGAAUGAAAUCAACUCCAACCGACAAAAAAGAACUUGUCGAUUUCUGUCUUAGGGAGUAUCAGAACAACAAUCGCGAACUAAACAAUAUUCAUGAUUUUCAAAAAGAUUAUUCACCUGACCGAUCGAUAUGGUGGUAUACAAAAGAUUCAUUUGUUUAUAAAUUAUUAAACAAAGCUCUUCGAGUUCAGGAUAUUCAUCUAAUUUUUCUAUUUCGAUUCUUUCUUCGUGAUAUUCAGAAACAACUCAAGCAGUGUCGAUGUUUAUCGUUUGUUCGUCUCUAUCGUGGUCAGUUGAUAUCCAAUGAAGAACUAGAAGUACUAAGGACUUCGAUUGGACAAUUAAUUUCCAUGAACUCUCUACUUUCGACCACUCUUAAUCGUGAACAAGCUCUUAAAUUUCUUUGUCGUUCGAAGAUUUCUGACGAUGAGCAUCGAAUAUUAUUUGAAAUUGAUGCCGAUCCUCAACUGACAGGUAUUAAGCCAUUUGCCGAGAUAGCUAAUCUGAGCUACUACCCAAAAGAAGAAGAGGUGUUGUUGAUGUUAGGAUCGAUCUUCCGGCUCAAUGAUAUUUCUCGGAACGUAGAUGAUUCAUGGAACAUUCAGAUGACGUUAUGCAGUGAUGAUGAUAAUGAUUUAAAAUCAAUUUUUGAUUAUAUGAGAACUCAAGACGGUGAUAAAGAAACGAGCUUAUAUUCAUUUGGGCUUGCACUUCACAAAAUGGAUAAAUUCAAAGAAGCUGAAAAGUAUUAUUAUCGAUAUCUCGAUGAACUGCCUCCUAAACAUGAAGGUAUUGCUCGCUGCUAUUGGGGACUGGGUAACGUAGCUUAUGAUAAGAAGGAUUAUGAAUCCAGUAUCGACUGGCACUCUAAAUCGCUCGAAAUCAAAAAGCGAACACUCAAAUCGGAUGAUCCUAGUCUUGGGCACAGUUACAACAGUAUUGCCAAUAUUCAUCGAAAAAAAGGUAAUUUAGACAAAGCGGUAGAAUUGUACCAGGAGGCGUUAAUGAUUUGGAAACAAGCACUAGGGGAAGAUAGUCUACUUGUAGCUCGAUGUUUUAACAAUCUAGGUAUUAUCUGCAAGACACAACGAAAUUAUUCGGAUGCACUCAAGUUUUACAAGAAGGACUUGGCUAUUUCUCAGAAAAAUCUUCCUUGUGAUCAUUCUGACAUUGGUAAAUCCCAUCACAACAUUGCUAAUGUUUAUUACUCUCUAGGUCAGUAUGAUCUCGCAUUGGAGCACUAUGAACUGUCGCUCAAAAUCUUCGAAAAAUCUCUUCCAUCUCAACAUACAACUAUUGCGAGCACAUUCUUAAAUAUCGGUCGUACUUAUGAACAGAAAGGUGUUUUCCGAGAUGCAUUGUCAUUUUAUGAACGAGCAGUCAUCAUUUAUCGAGAAGUAUUAUCUCCUACGGAUUCUACUGUUGUUGAUACCGAAGAAGACAUUCAACGUGUGCUGUUGAAAUUGAAAUAA